AUGUCUUUUACCGGAGACCUCACCCAUCUCAUCAUCCGCGAAUCAGCCGCUACUGAAACAUCGCCAUCUUGUGAUACGGGCAACGAGUAUGAUGGGCGCCUGGGCCUGCGAGUAGCAGCUCUCUUCGUGAUAUGGCUGGGCUCAUCCGCCGGUGCAUGCUUUCCAAUCUAUGCCAAGCGUCAUCAGGGCCUGAGAGUACCAGAAUGGACUUUCUUCGUCGCCAAAUAUUUCGGUUCUGGUGUCAUUGUCGCAACAGCCUUCAUUCACCUUCUCGCUCCAGCACACGAGGCUCUAAGUAACCCCUGCCUGACUGGCCCAAUCACGGGAUAUCCCUGGGUUGAAGGCAUUGCGAUGAUCACAGUGUUCGUUCUGUUCUUUGUGGAGUUGAUGGUCAUGCGAUAUGCACGGUUUGGCGACUACGAGCACAGCGAUGACCAAUCCGCCAAUGGAAGCCAUCGUCAAAUUGCCGAGAAUGAACAUGAUCACCGUACGGAACGUGAUGGUACUGUGGUAGACAACAAGUCCAUCACAUUGAUGCCCAAUGCUGUCAGCAAAGGAACCUCGCGCAGUGCACAUGUGCCUGGUGAAGACCAUCUCGGUCAUCAACGUGAACACCAGAACGAUGAAGCGAACAUUAGCGCUCAUAAUACCGAAGAUUAUGCUGCACAAAUGACUGCGAUCUUUAUCCUCGAAUUUGGCAUCAUCUUUCACUCAGUCUUUAUCGGACUAACACUGGCAGUGGCUGGAGAAGAAUUUAACACUCUCCUUGCGGUCUUGGUAUUUCAUCAGACGUUCGAAGGCUUGGGUCUGGGUUCUCGACUGGCUGUUACGCCUUGGCCGAAAUCGAAGAGAUGGACAGCAUAUAUUCUGGGGCUUGCGUACGGCUUGUCCACGCCUACCGCCAUUGCUGUUGGUCUUGGUGUCCGCAAUACCUAUCCACCCGAAUCAGCAGCAAACCUUAUCGUCAACGGUGUCUUCGACUCAAUCAGUGCUGGUAUCCUGAUCUACACUGGUCUGGUGGAACUAAUGGCUCAUGAAUUCAUGUUCAGCAAUAUGAUGAGGAAAGCUAAACUACAAGUUGUGCUCGCUGCGUUUGGGAUGAUGUGCCUGGGAGCUGGCUUAAUGGCUUUACUGGGCAAGUGGGCCUAG